GUGCAGUUUUAGUUUUGGUUUUAUAGAGACACGUAGAGCGGAAAUGACAAAUUAAGCAAAACUGAAGGUCUGAACACGAGAAAAACGCAACACCCCCCUGAAAAAAGUUGUGAAUUUGAGGGGAAAAUCCAAUUUAAUGUGAGUGAAUCCAGUGGAGAUUACAGUUUUUUGUAUGCCAAUUUUGUCCUUCCAAACUUGUAUAUAAUCAGCAUUUGGUGUGUCUGAGGUUCCAUUUUCUUCAUAGGGUGUUUGUUUAAUUUUUGGGGUUCUUGAAAGGGCAAAUUUUUAUACAAGAUUUUCUUCAGUGAGAGUGAAUGCUGUUGUGAAAAUGGCUGAUUCUCCUACCCAGAAAGAAAUUGAAGAUGGGCUAAAAGAUUGUGCCAAUAGUCUCAUCAACAUUCCUCAUUCUACUGAAGAGCUCAUCACUCUUCUUGAUGAAUUAGAAUCUCUGUUGAUAAGGGUAGCUCAAGCCCCUGCCGAUUCAAUUAAGGAUGCCCUUCUACCAGUAAUGGAAGCUGUAGUCAGAAGUGAGCUUCUAAAGCACACUGAUGCAGAUGUCAUAGUUUCUGUCGUAUCUUGUAUCUACGAGAUCUCUAGAAUAUCUGCUCCGCAGCAGCCUUAUGAUGAUGAACUAAUGAAGGAGAUUUUCCAGCUUACAGUAAGAACAUUUGAAGAGCUGUCUCAUUCAGGCCGCCGUUAUCAGAAGGCUGUGAAUGUACUGGAAACUGUGGCAGAAGUCAAGGCCUGCUUAAUAAUGCUGGACCUUGACUGUCAUGCAUUGGUUGUAGAGAUAAUCCGGAUGUUUCUCAGGAUCAUCAGGGCCGACCAUCCUGAUAUUGUAUUCACAAGCAUGGAAAUAAUCAUGGUUCUGCUCAUUGAAGAAAGUGAUGAAAUCAAUAUGGAGCUUCUUCAGCCCCUUCUUGAUAGCCUCAGAAAGGAAAAUCAGAUUUUGUCACCUAUUUCGUCAAAGUUGGGAGAGAAGGUCUUGAAAAAAUGUGCUUCCACCGUUAGACCUUGUCUUCUCAAAGCCCUCAAAUCAAGAAGCAUGGAUCUUAAUGAUCAUGCGGAAAUCAUUGCCUCUAUUUGCAAUGAAACGCCCAAGGGAGAACAAAUGAAGGAAAAUGAAAAUGUGACUACUGAAAAAGUUGGUCCAUCUGCUGCUGUUAUCUGUGAGACACUGCUGGAGGAUGGGCCGCCUUCUAAUAAUAAUGGCACCUCUUCAAAAACAUUACAGCCUUGCAGUCAGAUGGAGCAGCCAAAGAAUAUUGGUGUUAGCAAUUGUAAGGUCAAAUCCGGUAGCAAAAGAAAACCACGUCAGAGCUCAAGGAAGAGAGGAUCUGUUCCGGAAGGUGAUGUGGACACCACUUCUGGUCUUAACAUUGUAAAAAGAGAAGAGAACCUUACUCACGCUGAGGAGUCAUCAGUGCAACAAAUUGAUGAACAGAAACAGAAGAAAGAGAUUCUUGAUAUAGAAGAAUCAGGAAAUGAGGAGACUAAACCAUCAAUUGGGGAUGGAAAUCUCUCCGGCCAACUUUCCAAGACAAAGCUUCGGAGGAAGCUUACCGCAAGAAAGAAUCAGGAUUUUAAAAGGCGUCAGUUCACCAAAAAAUAUGGAGAAGAAAUAGUUGGUACCAGAAUAAGAGUUUGGUGGCCAUUGGACAAAAUGUUCUAUGAGGGUGCAGUUUCUGGAUUUGAUCAUGUGAACAAGAGGCAUCAGAUCGCAUAUGAUGAUGGUGAAACGGAAAUCUUGAAUCUGAAUAAGGAGCAGUUUGAGUUUCUUGAAGACAAUCCAUCUGACAAGAAACAUGAAGCAGAUCUUCAAUGCAAUGCUGUUUCAUCUGUUCCGUCUAAAAGUAAUCCCCAAAAGUGUGACUUUGGGUCCAUGGAUAUUCCAAUUCCAGAUAAGAUGAAUGCUGAAGUUGGUUGUGAAACAAGCAGUGGGAAAAAAGAACUUGUGGACAAGGAAGAUAAAGAUACCACACAGAAUCAGAGACUCGAGACUAGCAAAAUUGCCUUAGAGAGCUCAUUGACGCUUGAAGACCAUCCAUCUGACGAGAAGCAUGAAACAGAUCUUCAAAGCCAUGAUGUUUCAGCUAUUCUAUCCAUGAAAAAGAAGGCAAAAGGAACCUCCUUAAUAAAAAAGGAACCCGGAGUCUCAUCAUCCAAAAGGUCCAAAAGAAAUCCCCAAAAGGGUGACAUUGGUUCCAUGGGUAUUCCAAUUCCAGAUAAGAUGAAUGAUGCUGAUGACGUUGGUUGUGAAACGAGCAGUGGGAAAAAAGAACUUGUGCAGAAGGAAGAUAAUGAUAUCACACAGAAAGGGAGAUCCAAGACUUCCAAAGUUUCUGUUGAGAGCUCAUCGGCGUUUGGAGUCCAUUCAUCUGACAAGACGCAUGAACUAGAUCUUCAAAGCAAUGAUGCUUCAUCUGUUCCAUCCAAGAAGAAGAGAAUAAGAAGAACCCCCUUAACAAAAAAGGAACCUGGAGUCUCGUCAUCCAAAAGGUCUAAAACAAAACCCAAAAAGAGUUGCGUUGAAUCCCUGGAUAUUCCAAUUCUGGGUAAGAUGAAUGAUGCUGCUGAUGUUGGUUGCGAAACAAGCAGAGGGAUAAAAGAACUCGUGGACAAGGAACAAGUUGCCUUUGAGAGCUCAGUGGCGAUUGAAAUCCAACCAUCUGACAAGAAUCACGAGACAGGUCCUCAAAGCAAUGAUGCUUCAUCUGUUCCAUCAAUGAAGAAGAGAACUAAAAGAACCCCCUCAACAAAAAAGGAACCUGGAGUCUCGUCAUCCAAAAGGGCUAAAGGAAAACCCAAAAGGAUUUGCGUUGAAUCCCUGGAUAUUCCAACUCUGGGUAAGAUGAAUGCUGCUGCUGAUGUUGGUUGCGAAACAAGCAGUGGGGUAAAAGAACUCGUGGACAAGGAACAAGUUGCCUUUGAGAGCUCACUGGGGCUUGAAAGCCAACCAUCUGACAAGAAUCACGAGACAGGUCCUCAAAGCAAUGAUGCUUCAUCUGUUCCAUCAAUGAAGAAGAGAACUAAAAGAACCCCCUCAACAAAAAAGGAACCUGGAGUCUCGUCAUCCAAAAGGGCUAAAGGAAAACCCAAAAGGAUUUGCGUUGAAUCCCUGGAUAUUCCAACUCUGGGUAAGAUGAAUGCUGCUGCUGAUGUUGGUUGCGAAACAAGCAGUGGGGUAAAAGAACUCGUGGACAAGGAACAAGUUGCCUUUGAGAGCUCACUGGGGCUUGAAAUCCAACCAUCUGACAAGAAUCACGAGACAGGUCCUCAAAGCAAUGAUGCUUCAUCUGUUCCAUCAAUGAAGAAGAGAACUAAAAGAACCCCCUCAACAAAAAAGGAACCUGGAGUCUCGUCAUCCAAAAGGGCUAAAGGAAAACCCAAAAGGAUUUGCGUUGAAUCCCUGGAUAUUCCAACUCUGGGUAAGAUGAAUGCUGCUGCUGAUGUUGGUUGCGAAACAAGCAGUGGGGUAAAAGAACUCGUGGACAAGGAACAAGUUGCCUUUGAGAGCUCACUGGGGCUUGAAAGCCAACCAUCUGACAAGAAUCCCGAGACAGGUCCUCAAAGCAAUGAUGCUUCAUCUGUUCCAUCCAAGAAGAAGAGAAUAAGAAGAACCCCCUUAACAAAAAAGGAACCUGGAGUCUCGUCAUCCAAAAGGUCUAAAACAAAACCCAAAGAGAGUUGCGUUGAAUCCCUGGAUACUCCAACUCUGGGUAGGUUGAAUGAUGCUGCUGAUGUUGGUUGCGAAACAAGCAGUGGGGUAAAAGAACUCGUGGACAAGGAACAAGUUGCCUUUGAGAGCUCACUGGGGCUUGAAAGCCAACCAUCUGACAAGAAUCACGAGACAGGUCCUCAAAGCAAUGAUGCUUCAUCUGUUCCAUCAAUGAAGAAGAGAACUAAAAGAACCCCCUCAACAAAAAAGGAACCUGGAGUCUCGUCAUCCAAAAGGGCUAAAGGAAAACCCAAAAGGAUUUGCGUUGAAUCCCUGGAUAUUCCAACUCUGGGUAAGAUGAAUGCUGCUGCUGAUGUUGGUUGCGAAACAAGCAGUGGGGUAAAAGAACUCGUGGACAAGGAACAAGUUGCCUUUGAGAGCUCACUGGGGCUUGAAAGCCAACCAUCUGACAAGAAUCACGAGACAGGUCCUCAAAGCAAUGAUGCUUCAUCUGUUCCAUCAAUGAAGAAGAGAACUAAAAGAACCCCCUCAACAAAAAAGGAACCUGGAGUCUCGUCAUCCAAAAGGGCUAAAGGAAAACCCAAAAGGAUUUGCGUUGAAUCCCUGGAUAUUCCAACUCUGGGUAAGAUGAAUGCUGCUGCUGAUGUUGGUUGCGAAACAAGCAGUGGGGUAAAAGAACUCGUGGACAAGGAACAAGUUGCCUUUGAGAGCUCACUGGCGUUUGAAAUCCAACCAUCUGACAAGAAUCAUGAUACAGGUCCUCAAAGCAAUGAUGCUUCAUCUGUUCCAUCAAUGAAGAAGAGAACUAAAAGAACCCCCUCAACAAAAAAGGAACCUGGAGUCUCGUCAUCCAAAAGGGCUAAAGGAAAACCCAAAAGGAUUUGCGUUGAAUCCCUGGAUAUUCCAACUCUGGGUAAGAUGAAUGCUGCUGCUGAUGUUGGUUGCGAAACAAGCAGUGGGGUAAAAGAACUCGUGGACAAGGAACAAGUUGCCUUUGAGAGCUCACUGGGGCUUGAAAGCCAACCAUCUGACAAGAAUCCCGAGACAGGUCCUCAAAGCAAUGAUGCUUCAUCUGUUCCAUCCAAGAAGAAGAGAAUAAGAAGAACCCCCUUAACAAAAAAGGAACCUGGAGUCUCGUCAUCCAAAAGGUCUAAAACAAAACCCAAAGAGAGUUGCGUUGAAUCCCUGGAUACUCCAACUCUGGGUAGGUUGAAUGAUGCUGCUGAUGUUGGUUGCGAAACAAGCAGUGGGGUAAAAGAACUCGUGGACAAGGAACAAGUUGCCUUUGAGAGCUCACUGGGGCUUGAAAGCCAACCAUCUGACAAGAAUCCCGAGACAGGUCCUCAAAGCAAUGAUGCUUCAUCUGUUCCAUCCAAGAAGAAGAGAAUAAGAAGAACCCCCUUAACAAAAAAGGAACCUGGAGUCUCGUCAUCCAAAAGGUCUAAAACAAAACCCAAAGAGAGUUGCGUUGAAUCCCUGGAUACUCCAACUCUGGGUAGGUUGAAUGAUGCUGCUGAUGUUGGUUGCGAAACAAGCAGUGGGAUAAAAGAACUCGUGGACAAGGAACAAGUUGCCUUUGAGAGCUCACUGGCGUUUGAAAUCCAACCAUCUGACAAGAAUCAUGAUACAGGUCCUCAAAGCAAUGAUGUUCCAUCUUCUCAACCCAAGAAGAAGAGAACAAGAAGAACCCCCUCAACCAAAAAGGAACACGGAGCAUCUUCAUCCAAAAGGUUCAAAAGUAAAACCCAAAAGAGUGACGGUAAGUCCCUGGAUAUUCCCAUUCCAGAUAAGAUGGAGGAUGCAUCUGAUGUUGGUGGUGAAACGAUCACUGAGAAAAAACAACUUGUGGACAAUGAAGAUGACAUGCUCGCACAAGCAGAGUCUAAGCAUUAGAAGUUGCCUUAGAUAGCUCAUUGACGCCAGUGCACUCACAGCAUUUGUCAAAAUGAAGAAGCUAAAAUAAUAUAAAGAUGUUUUAAGUUUUUAUUUGGGGAAAAGUCAGUAGUUUUUAGUCGUUACUAGUUCAAAUCUGAAAACUUUGUACUGUUAUUGAAUUUCAUAGCUCUUCUAACUUUGGAAGCUAUUAGUUUGUCAACUUAGUUUAUUUGAAUGUACAAUUGGUGGAUUCCAUGCUCAACCAAGUUUUUGGUGGAGCAUCGCCUUUUCAAGCACAUGAAUGAUUAUGCAACUGCUUCUUGCUGUGA